ACGCGAACGGCGUGUCCCUCUUCAGCUGCCGUUCACGGAUGAACUGUCAAAGCGACAAAAACAUCAAGUGCAACAGAGCAAGUAUGCUACAUAAUUCCAGCACCAGACGACACGCAAGAGUACGUACUGUCUGAAUAAAUCAAGGGUCUUCACGGUCAGCUUGUUUAACCUGUAUCUGGCGGCGUGAAUAUCAGUGGAUAGGCGCGUGAAGGACGCACAGGCCCAGUGUGUGUAUGAUGGAGUCGUGGGUGAGAUUCAGCGCGCAGAGUCAAGCCAAAGAACGCGUGUUCAGGGCUGCCCAGUACGCCUGCACACUGCUGGGUUACACGCUGCAGAGAGGAGGAGCGAGAGCAGAGCUGCUGAGCACCAUUAAACAGCUGGAAGCUCACAUGAGCCUGACCAGAAAAUUGAUGCGGUUAGGGAACUCAGCUGAAGCUCUGGAAGCAGCGAAACGCACUGUGCAUCUGUCUGACUGUGUGCUGCGUCUCUGCAUCACGGUGGCCCAUUUGAACAAAGCAAUGUAUUUUGCCUGUGAUAAUGUACUCUGGGCCGGCAAAACGGGACUGCUGCCCGAACUGGACCAAAAUAAAUGGAGCCAGAGGUCAUUUAGAUACUAUUUGUUUGCUCUCAUCCUCAAUUUAACCCGAGACGCGUAUGAAAUCCGUCUUCUGAUGGAGAGAGAGUCCCGCAGCAGUUCAGCUAAAAGCUUUAACUCCAGUCCGUCCCCACUUACGCCGACCUCAGAGAACGGAGAGUUCCCUUUAACCCCGUCUCCUUCCUCAGCGAUGUCUCCACUGCCGCCCCUCCCGAUGCUCUCGGCCAAGCUCAACAAGCAGUUCCGUCUCUUGAUCACGGUGCUGCGCAACAACCCUCCGCUGCUCCUGGACCUUCUGAAGAACCUGUGCGACGUGUUCAUACCGCUGGACCGGCUGGGUCUGUACCCCACUGGGUCGGGCUUUGUGGGGGCCUGCGGCCUCACGUCCUCUAUCCUGUCCAUUCUCACUAUAGUUCACCCCUGGCUCAAACUCAAGCCCUGAGUGACAUAUCAGAACAACAUAUCCUGUUGCUUUGUUUCUAAAGAGAACUUCUCUUGAGGUUUUGUAGAUAGUGGAAAGAAGAAUGUUUGCUCCUUCAUUCCAGUUUAAUUGCACAUUCAAAUUUUUCUAUGUGUGGAAAGACUUAAAACAAGAUCUGGCCUAAUCUGAUUAAAACAAGCAAAAAAACCUUGUUUAACAGUUAUUCAAGUCUGUUUAAAUUAAUGUAAGUCUAAAAAUGUCCUAGGCUGUCACUGUAUAGUGGUGUAGUUUUCAGUAUGGGAUGUUCUAGUGAACAGCACAGAACUACAAAUGGUACACUUACUAUACUUACUCAGAAUUAUACCUUUCUCUUGAGAUUGAACCACAUAAAGAAAUGUCAUGUUUCAUCCCAAAAUUAAUGAAAAAUCUGCAUAAAUUAACUGUAGUACAAUAAAUACUACCAUGAAUUUUAUAAAUUUAUAAAGCGCAAAAGAAACCUUGAGUAAGACCUUUAGGUUUCAUUCUGUUUAAGCCAUAUAUGUUUUUUUUUCUUUAGAUUUUGGGGUUAAAAAUCACACGCAGUUUUCAUGAGAUUCAUCCUAAAUUACAUUUUGUGUCAUAAACUGUGCUUAUCAAACACUAUUGUACAAUGAUACUUUUCAGUUCAGAAACAGUUACUGUUAAAAAUUCAAUUUUUGAUUUAUUAUUUCUAAAUUUAUAUCUCUGUUUGAAGCCGUUUCUUCCUGCAGUUGUGAACCUCUGCAAUUUGUUACUAAACUCAUUUCAAAACUAGGAGUUUACUUUUUUUUUUUUUUUUUCUCAGUGAUUAAUGAAAUAUCAACCAAAAAUGUUUUGGGAAAUUAUCUAAUAAUUUAGGUUAUUGCAUAAUUUAUCUCAUAACUGAAUGAAAACUACAUCACUGACACUUUUUUUUAAUGUAUGUAUAUGUGACCUAUAGAGUUUUAUGGUACUUAACCAUAUUUUGAAACUUCCUAAAUGUUAAUGCUAUGCAUCACUGGGAUUACUGAAUGUUGACAUGAUGGAGCUGUGAAUCUAACUUUUGAAAUAAAUAAUGCCUUUAAUUUUA